CUGGAGGAGAUCGGUGCGGAUCGCACUCGGAAGAUGUUGAGGAAUGCUGGGGAUGGAGCGAUAUCACACUAAGAAGUAAAGCAAAAAGCAUCGGCAAAUCAUUUUUAAUCACCGAUAGCGCGGUCUUCUACCGAAGCCCCUCGGAUGCCGCAUGUCUGACUGCAGAAGAGCAGCUGGAACAGGAGCUCGCCGAGUUGAGGGAUAUAUCGUGGUCAAGCGCGUAACAGGAGUCCGCGGCUGCGUGAUCGCUCCGUGGAAAACGUGAGCAGAAAGGGGAAUAUGAACUGAAGCAGCCGCGGUCUAAACCACGCGGAGAAUUUUCACUCGGGAUAUCCCCUGUUUUCGCAGUCAAGGCAGAAUAACUUCAGAAGACCAGCACAAUGAUGACUGCACGUGAAAAAAUGAAGAAGAAACCACCCAAAGACAGUCUGACGCUGUUACCGUGCUUCUAUUUCGUCGAGCUACCCAUCGUGGCGUCCUCCAUGGUUUCGCUGUACUUCCUGGAACUGACGGACGUGCUCCAGCCGGCUCAGGUGGGGUUCCGCUGCCAUGACCGGUCGCUCAGCAUGCCGUACGUGGACAGCGGCGACGAGCUCAUCCCUCUGCUCAUGCUCCUGAGUCUGGCGUUCGCCGGCCCUGCUGCCUCCAUCAUGAUUGGUGAAGGUCUGCUGUAUUGCAUGCAGUCCAAACUGAAGGUCCGUCCAGGGAUCGAAGGAAGCAUAAAUGCUGGUGGAUGUAAUUUUAACUCUUUUCUGCGGAGAACCGUUCGUUUUGUUGGGGUUCACGUGUUCGGUCUUUGUGCAACGGCACUGGUUACAGAUGUCAUCCAGCUUGCCACUGGCUACCACACACCGUUCUUUCUCACGGUGUGCAAACCCAAUUACACGGUCCCAGGUGUGGCCUGUGACAAGAACCCUUACAUCACCAAAGACAUUUGCUCUGGCCAGGAUCAGCAUGCUAUUCUGUCUGCCAGGAAAACCUUCCCUUCCCAGCAUGCAACCCUCUCUUCCUUUGCUGCUGUUUAUAUUUCAAUGUACUUCAAUUCAACGAUUUCUGAUAGCACCAAGCUGCUCAAACCCGUUCUGGUGUUUGCCUUUGCCAUCGCGGCUGCGUUGACGGGACUCACUCAGAUCACCCAGUACCGCAGUCACCCGAUCGAUGUUUACGUUGGGUUCUGUAUUGGGGCUGGUAUUGCAGCGUAUUUGGCUUUCCAUGCUGUCGCCAACUUCAAAUCUCCAGAGGACACCAUCAUUCCGCAACCUCCUCCUCUUCAGAAGGAUGCUUUAAGGGCUCUGGCCCAGAGAGGCCACGACUCUGUCUAUAACAAAGGCCACGCUUCUGAGAGCAAUGAGGAAAUAACAUCACCAGCAUGUCUAGAUGGGCUGAACCGACCUGUACAGCGGGAGAAAACCUCGUUGGGAAGCUUAAAGAGAGCCAGCGUGGAUGUAGAGCUACUGGCGCCCCGCAGCCCAAUGGGUAAGGAGACCAUGGUAACCUUCAGCAACACAUUACCCAGGGCUACAGCUCCAGAGGAGCCAACGAGGCGUCUGGUGACAGUACCUGUUCCAGUACCACUAGACCCCAUGAGGUCACAGCAAUUAGUGUCUGAAUGGAAGCAAAAGUCAAUGGAAAUGCGAGGCGGCAGCUUGCCCGAUGAGGACACCAGUGAUCAGGGCUCAGAUGGCGGCAACGACACGACCACAGAGGAGGACAGCGUCCACUCUUCAGUUUAUUCGUCUGUUCAACCAUCAGCCAAACCGGCUAACCCCCCUGCAGGCGCAAGAGUAGUGAUGCCUCCUCGUCCCCCAGCACAGCCUUCAGUCCCUCCACCUGUGUCCCCUAAAAGCGCCAGCACUCGGGCCAAAUGGCUGUCCAUCACAGAGAAAAGUGGUGCUAAUAUUCCAGUCCUCAAGGCAGGAAAUCAGCCACGGAUCAUGCAGGUCAUUGCCAUGUCAAAGCAACAGGGACUCCUGACUGGAUCGGCCAAAUCGUCAGAGACCUCGUCCUCUUCUGGUACCUCAUCCAUCACGGGCACAGAAUCAUCGCCUAAUCGCUCGGAACGCGACAGCGGUUCAGGCAUCAUCACGGUUGAUGCCCAUGCCCCCCACCACCCCGUAGUCCGUAUGACCUCCAACCCCAAUAACCCUUGGGAGUGGAGAGGAUCUUCUGAAGGAAACAUGGCUGAGUCGUACGAGCUUAAAAACCUCAACCGCGAUGGUUCCCGUGGUUACCGCAAUGUAAGGAGCGGCUCUCCUUGUUCCUCCACCAGCGAGCCCGAUCACGGACUGCCCCAGCCUCCGCAUCCUCCCCAACCACCACUUCCCCCUCAACUCCCACCCAUGGGUCACACCUCAGAGGGUCGCAGUCUGCGCCGCAAGACCCCUCUAGUUCUGCUGGAUAGGGAGGGCAAUCUGAACCACAUGGAACAGGACAACUACUACAAAAAGUUACAAAGUGGCAGGCAUUACAAAGAGUGACGAUGUGCUAAUAUAUAUGUGCACAACAACACUUUUUGGUCAUUUGGGUUUAAUUACAUGGAUUUGAUCCCAAGAGGAAUAUCAGAAUAACCGGAUCCACUACACUUUGAGUCAGUAGAGCUUUCAGGAGACGCUGCUUCUGACGACUUAAGAGCACAAUGGUUUUUGCCCUUUGCGUGCAAGCCAAACUACAUUAUCAAAAUUUCCAUCAGAUGUAUUGUAUUUACAUAAUCUUCACAUUAUCAGAGUGUAAAAUAAGGUUUGGGAUUAUUUUUAUUGCUGCUCUUUUUGUUUAUACUUGACUUAUUUAAAUGUGUGACUGAGAUGUCAAGUUGAAUUUAUGUGUGUUUACGCACGAUUGUUUAGUAGUGUAUGUUGUAGUGAUACAAUAAUAGAAAAUAUUUGACUGCCUUGUAACGCUCACAGUGAAAACCGAUUUAAAGUGUUUUGUUGGCGCUUUAUGAAUGAUAAUUGCUUUGCAAAAGGGUAGCAUCCGUUCUUCGUACAUCUGAAUAUAAUUGCUGAUAAAUUGUUCUGGACAUACUGCAAAUAUACUGAUGACACCCUGUGAAAAACAGUUCGAAUAAGCACUUAUAAAUUACUUCAUCUCUGUGUGUUAACAAGUGAGGUGAAUUGGAUUGUCUGUGAGUAAUUUUAAACUGCUCUGGACUCUAAAGAAAGUAUUCUCUCACAAUCCAUCGCAUACCUUAUAGUGGAACAGCAACUGGACAACAGGUACAGCAGGUCACACAUUUUAUGUAUCAUAAUGAGAAGGAGUUUCCCGAAAGAAACAGCUUUUUUUUGGUGUAAAUCACAAGAAGAAUUUCUACAAACACUCUGGGAUUUAUCUGUAAUAGUUAGCGGUCUCCUUGUCAUGCUGUUUCCCAGAGGUUCGCCUCUAAAUGAACUUGAUGCAUGUUAUGUGAGUGUCGUCAAGGUGGAAGUGAAGCCUUGUCAGUGAAGAAUUCCAAUCUGUUAUAAUGUACGUGUGCAGCUGUCACUGCAGGUUAAAGUCUGUGUGCGUCAGCUCUCUCUUCAUGGUGCUCCGAGCUGCUCCUGGAUCUUUGUAGAUGGUUGUCCUUAAUGGAUACUUCGUGCUGUUGAUGCAGUUUCCGAAAAAAAAAAGACAACAUAAAUGACAACAAUAAACAAGCUGCUGUAAAUUA